AUGCCUUCGAGAACCAUGACUUCCUCGUUCAACGAGAUCCCCACCAUAGAUCUCUCGCAAGCGACCGAUCCGGCAACUCUUCCUAAGCUUCUCAUCGAAUUGCGCUAUGCGCUCACAGACGUUGGCUUUCUGUACGUGUCGAACCGCGGAGUCCCGAAGUCGGUAGUGGAUGGUCUGGUGAACGCGCUGCCUAAGCUGUUCAGUUUGGAUGACGAGGUCAAGAAGUCGGUGGCUUUGGAGAAAUCCCCUCAUUUCCUCGGGUAUAGUGGCGUUGGUAGCGAGAACACCGGCAGGAAGGUUGAUAAGAGGGAGCAGUAUGAGUUCGGAACGGAGUUGACGGCGACAUGGCAUGAUGGUCUUCCCCUGUCGGAACGCCUGCGAGGUCCUAAUCAGUGGCCUGAAUUCGAUGGGAACUUUCGGUCAGUGGUAGAAGAGUACAUCAACGAGUUAUCACUGCUAGGGGAACGAUUCCUAGACCUAAUAGCGCAUGCCCUCUCUCUAUCGCCGGGGACGUUCCAGCCCUCUUUGUCAGACCAACAUCGCCUAAAGCUAGUAUACUACCCAGAAGCAUCAACAGGAGACUCCGAGAACCAAGGUGUAGGACCCCAUAAAGACUCAUCCGGUUGGUGGACUUCCCUCCUGCAAGCGUCACCCCCGGAAGUCAAAGGCCUACAAGUCCUCAACAAAGCCGGCUACUGGGUCGACGUGCCAGUGGUGCCUGGGACAUUCGUCGUGAACACCGGCCAAGCCUUCGAAGUGGUCACCAACGGUGUCUGCAAAGCGACGACCCAUCGGGUUCUUUCCGGUCCGCACGAGCGAUAUAGCGUGCCUUUCUUUCAGGGCAUGCGAAGGGAUCUUACCAAGGCGGAAGCCACUGGGAGUCUGAAGGCUCAUUUUGGGGCUCUUGCCGCCGGCAAGGAGUCUGAUGAGGCCAGUGCUGUGGACUCAGCCUUUUUGAAGGGCAAGUAUGAUACGUGGGGUGAGUCGCAGCUGCGGACGAAAGUUCGAAGUCAUCGCGAGAAUGGGAAGAAGUUCUACCCGGAGGUCCAUGAGCUGUACAUCAACGAUGAUGCGUAG